GACGGACGGGGCAAGCGCAAGAACUACAUCCUCUACCACUUCCGCGACGUCUUUGACCCCAGUGGUCGAACCUCUCGCCCUGUUGGAAAAAAACCUGCAGGAACGGUGGCGGGCGGGGACAACAAUAUCAAGCAGUUCGAGUUGUAGACCUUUGUGGAUCCGGUUUCAGGUCCAGCCGGUGCGGAAGGUAUUGACGCUUGCGAAGAAAAUAUGCAAGAAAAAAACUAUGUGGGUGUAAGUCUGUGAUGCAGAAAUAAAUGCAAAACUGUUACACUUGUCAUGCUGGAUCCGCGUCAUAGGCUACGUUCAGUACGUGUUUCCACGUACUAGCUGCGCAUGACAGAUUUUCCCUGUAAUGCAAAACGAAUUUGUGAUGCUGCUCUUCCUUACAAAGUUACACUAGCACAGUUUUUUUCUUGGAUAGAAAGCGGACAAAUUCCCGUUUUCCUACCUCCACCGCAAUGACCCGUCGCAGUUUGAGGAGAGCAUGAGCAGUGCUGCAUCUAGUAGUAGAGUUGCGUUUAACAGUUCUCAUGGGGAACAAGAAGUACAAAUAGACAGAGACACCAGAGAACGCGAGCUGUUACAGUUGCAAGCGUUGCACGGAAACCGUGUUUUUUCUGCGUCCGUUGAACAGCAGCAGCUACGGGCAAGAAAUAGUAACGAUGAAAAGAAAGAGAAUAUUAAAGACGGC